UAUAUUAACAGAAUUUUUAUGGAACCGUUUUCAUUUUUAGACACCCGAAGAGUUAUUAGAAGCAAAUUCGACAUUUUUCAAUAAUUUUUCUGUCGUCAUUGGGACAUCUCUAACAGAAAAAACAUUAUUAACUCUGUCUGAGAAACUAUGGGAAGCCAACAUUCCUUUUCUAGUAUGCAGAUCUUACGGUAUGGUUGGUUAUAUGAGACUCCAAGUUACAGAACAUACUGUUACGGAAUCUCAUCCGGACGAUACGUUAUACGAUUUGCGAUUAGAUAAUCCUUUUCCUAGUCUGCAAGAACACGUUGAAUCUUACGAUUUUGAAAAUAUGAAUAAAAAGGAUUAUAGCCAUAUCCCAUACAUUGUUGUUAUUCUUAAGUAUUUAGAACUAUGGAAAAAAGAGCAUAAUGGACAAAUUCCAAAAGGAUAUAGGGAAAAAGAUCUUUUCAGGGAAAUUAUCAGGAAAGGUUAG